GUCAGAGGCAUGUAAGGGGCUGACCACAUUACCACCUUGUCUUUAAGCUGUACGAAACAGCCCUUCCUAACCUUUCACAGAGCUCUUUUUGAAUUUCACACCAAAUACUGGACGCCUCUACGUUGGUUCUUUUGGUCUUACCUCAAUCCACUUUUUAAGUUUGUCAUCUUCCAAUUCCAAUGCCUUGGUUAGAAUGCUGACUCUUGCCUCGCCAAACCAUUUCAGCUAUUGUUCCGUCCUUGUACGCCGAGCAUUCAUUCACUGUAUUAUGGACUGUGGCCAUCAAGCCUUCCAACAAAAUUUUGAUUUUCUGUGACUUUACCGAAUCUCAAAUUCUUGCUGUGGACCCCAUCGUUAAAAGAGGUAUCCACAAUGCUGUACGCUAAGCCAAGUGCGGUGAAUUUCUAAUGAUAUGGCCAUUGUCUCCCUCUGGUUCUUAUUGGGUUGCAUGUACUUGAUACUGCCAUGUUGCAAAAAUGCUAUUGAAGGCCAACAUUUUUCCCAAAGUGGCUGCAGACUGUCUUACAGAAUUGCAGAUUGCAGCUAUUUGCAGCUUACAUCGGUUCCUAAGGAUUUUCCAAAUGAUAUCGAAGAGCUGGUCCUGGUCUUUAAUAAUAUCAAAAGGAUUACUAGACCCGCUCUAUCACUGUACCCUGACCUGAAGAGCCUAAGUUUGCAAUCUAAUGGUUUGGAACUCAUAGAAUCAGAUACUUUCCAGGGAACAACGGGACUUGAGUCACUAUCACUACAGGAUAACAGUAUUUCUACAGAUUAUAUCCAGGCUUCUGAAGCAUUAAGGUUUAUCCCUUCUUUGAAGAAAUUGGAUCUCUCUAGAAAUGGUCUCAAAAUGAAUAUGGUAACUGCCCUUCUAAGGAACCUGAAAUCUCUAGAGUACCUUUCUCUGGACAACAAUAUGAUUAUGCGUUUGGAGGAUAGUGUGUUUGCGGGUCUACAUGAGUUAAAGCAACUGAGCCUGCAAAGAAAUUAUAUUUAUGAGAUUGAAACAGGCACGUUCGACCAUCUGGUGAAAUUAAAAACUCUAAAUUUAGCUUUUAAUAGUUUGCCCUGCAUUGUAGAUUUUAGCUUGACACAACUCCAAACUCUAAAUCUUAGCUUCAACCAACUGGAAUGGUUUCAAUCCAUGGAAAAUGAUGUAGAAUUCCAAUUGGAGUUACUGGACAUUUCUCACAAUAUGCUGCUGUUUUUCCCACUCCUUCCACAGCGGCACCAUAUACAUAAACUGCUGCUUUCUGAAAAUAGGAUGAGGUUCUAUGCGGAUCUUUUUGAUGCUAAUUCCUCCACUGUCGAUUUCUUGAUAAUAGAAAAUAACAGUACUAACAUCUCUUCUAUUAAUCUCUGGGAGGAAGAAAAAAUCACAAGUAAUAUUUCCACAAUACAAUAUCUUGAUAUGAGCCAUAACCAUUUCACAUACUUGCCAGAUGGAUUUAUUGAAAAAAUGACUUCUUUGAUUGAACUGAAACUUGACUGGAACUGUUUAGAGACAUUUAGUAUUUCACACUUAGAAAAUGCCAGCUCCUUGGCCGAAUUAGAUCUCAGUUACAAUAAGAUAUCGGAGCUAAAACUAAAUAAUCAUUCCCAUAGCUUCUUGGGUCUACUUUACUUUAAUGUGAGUAGGAAUAAUCUUCAGAUGCUUCCCAGGCACAUCUUCAGUGGCAUGAAUGGGUUAAGAACUCUAGAUCUGAGUCAUAAUAGGCUCAAAUUGUGCUGUAGCCAAGUUGGUACUGUAGGUGUUCAUGGCAAUGACUGUGUGGACAUCAGAUAUCUAACUGCUCUUAAAAAUCUCUACCUGUCCGGAUGUGGAAUGGUAUUGGAUGCCCGCUGCAAUUUUUAUGGGACUACAUUAACUCACCUAGACCUCUCAGAUAAUCACAUCCAAAGCUUGUCUUCUCUGCAGGACACAUCUAGAACGCUACUCUUUCUUUCACUUAGGAACAGCUUGCCAAGUAAUUUAAGUGAUGUUUUCUCUACAUAUCAAAACCUCAGGUACUUAGACCUAUCUGAAAACAACCUCACUAACUUUCCUAGAUCCCUUACCGGAUUGUCUCUUAAAUCCUUGGAUCUUAGAAAGAAUAACUUAACUUUUCUUCCAUUGUAUGAUCGUUAUGAGAAUCUCUUAAAAACUCUUAAUGUUGUAUACCUCAGCAAGAACCCAUUUGACUGUUGUGAACUAAGCUGGCUAGAUGUACUGAGAAAAUCAGGUAGCAUUAAUAUCCCAGACCUUCUACACGUGACCUGUAAUUUUUCUCACCAUUUCAUGUCCGCACAGGACCUUCCAUUGGAUGUUCUCCACAGCUGCCAGUGGAAGACUGGUGGCACCUUGCUAUACUUGCUGCUUACUCUUCCCAUAUGUGUGACAUUCCUGGUCGCGUUACUUCUUGUGAUUUUGACUUUCAAGGAUGUGUUAUUACAAGCCCUUAAAAGAUGUUGCAGAAGAUCCACUAGUUAUUGAGAUCCAAUGUGGAUUAAAUAUUGUUUACUUUACAAACUUCACCAUUAAACAUUCCCUCUUGAUAUACCAAAGUUUGUGAUAUCUGAGUUAACUUUUUUAAAAGGCAAUUUGUAAAACGUUAACUUUUUGUAUAUGUUAGCAUAGCACUCCUCCACUGUCUUAAUCAUAUCUGAUUUUAUGGAUGCCCGUAAAUUAUUUUAUAUACAAAGAAUUAUUGCUGUUUCAAGAUGGGGAAUUAUGGGAUACAUGACAUUUACUAGUCAGUUACUAUCACCACAGAGUGACUUCAGGGAUGUAUUGUUUUCAGGCUGCCAAAUGCAGAAUUGACAUAACCUCAGGACAUUGAAACCGCAUAGUAAAUGUACACAUAAAUAAAGAUAUGUUUAUAAAUGAAAA